AUGGCCUGUGGAUUACCUUACACUCGCUGCGUGAAAUGGCGCUCUGGCUUCGGACAAAACUGGAUGCUUCUCUUUUCCCUCUUUUACCUCAACCAUGUGAUCAGCGGACAUAUCCGAUAUUCAAUCCCCGAAGAGAUGAAGAAAGGCUCUCUAAUCGGUAACGUAGCUCAGGAUCUAGGUUUGGAUCUGAAAAGGCUUCGCUCUGGCCGGGCCCGUAUCGUGACUGGAGAAAACAUCCAGUACACCGAGCUGAAGACAGACAAAGGGACUCUAGUCGUGAAAGAGAGAAUAGACCGAGAGCAGCUCUGUGGAGACGUCACACCGUGUAGCUUCAGCUUUGAGAUGAUUUUAGAAAAUCCGAUGGAGCUACACCAAAUAACAGUGGAAAUAACAGACAUAAAUGAUCACUCACCGACAUUUGAACGAGAUAAUAUACGUUUUGAAAUCAGCGAAUCAGCUAAUUCUGGUGCCCGUUUCCCACUAGCAAGUGCAGAGGAUCUGGAUGUGGGCGUCAAUGGACUCAGAGAAUAUUUUCUGACAGAGAAUGAGAAUUUUGUUCUGAAACAAAACUCGAAUGCAGAUGGGAAGAAAUAUGCUGAGAUGGUGUUACAGAAGCCUUUAGACAGAGAGACAAACCCUAACCUGUCUCUAAAGCUGAUAGCAGUAGAUGGCGGAUCUCCACAGAGAUCUGGUACAGUGAAUAUAGAUAUCACUGUUCUGGAUGUUAAUGAUAAUGCACCUGUAUUUAAUCAAUCUGUAUACAAAGCUACUGUGAUGGAAAACUCUCCCAAAGAUAGCUACGUAACAACUGUUAAUGCUAGUGACGCAGAUUUUGGUUCAAAUAGUAUGGUAACGUAUUAUUUUUCAGACCUUAACAGUGGUCUCCGUGGGUUGUUUACAAUAGAUGAAAAGACUGGAGUGAUUUUAGUGAAAGGCUCUGUUGAUUAUGAAAAGGACAAAAAAUAUGAAAUCAGAAUUGAAGCGAAAGAUCAGGGAGGUUUAACAGAUUCAAGCAAAGUCAUAAUUGAAGUUAUUGAUGCAAAUGACAACACGCCCACUGUAAGCGUGAUGUCAUUCACUAGUCCUUUGUCAGAGGACUCUCCUCCAGGUACAACUAUAGGAAUCAUAAAUGUAAAAGAUCUUGAUUCAGGUGAGAACGGACAAGUUAACUGUAGAAUUGAACAAAAUGCACCUUUCAAGAUUAAAUCAAAUUUAAGGAAUUAUUACACUUUGGUCACUGAUACUGGUUUAGAUCGUGAAGGUGUUGCAGAGUAUAACAUCACUGUAGUUGCGACAGAUGCAGGAACGCCUCCUCUCUCCACAAAGAGAACCUUUCAUUUAAAGAUCUCUGAUGUGAACGAUAAUGCUCCAGUGUUUCCACAAAGUGUUUACAGUGCGUUUAUUACAGAGAAUAACUCUCCAGGUGUCUCUGUUCUCACACUGAGAGCUACAGAUCCCGAUGAAAACCAAAAUGCCCGAAUAUCCUAUAUUCUGGAAGACACAAAUAUCGGAGGAUCUCCAGUUUCUGCUUUUGUUUCAGUUAAUGCAGAGAGCGGAGUGGUGCACGCUCUGCGCUCAUUUGAUUAUGAGCAGAUCAAGCAGCUGAUUUUUGUCGUCAAAGCGCAGGAUGGUGGCUCCCCUCCACUCAGUAGCAACGUCACAGUGAAGCUUAUAAUCCAGGACCAGAACGACAACCCCCCCCAGGUCCUGUACCCGGUCCAGACUGGGGGCUCAGUGGUGGCUGAGAUGGUGCCUCGUGCAGCAGAUGUGGGCUAUCUGGUGACUAAGGUGGUGGCUGUUGAUGUGGACUCUGGACAGAAUGCCUGGCUGUCGUAUAAACUGCAGAAAGCCACAGACAGGGCGCUGUUUGAAGUGGGCUUACAGAAUGGAGAAAUCAGAACUAUCCGCCAAGUGAGUGAUAAAGAUGCUGUGAAACAAAGACUGACUGUUAUAGUGGAGGACAACGGGCAGCCGUCUCGUUCAGCUACAGUCAUUGUGAACGUGGCGGUGGCGGACAGCUUCCCUGAAGUGCUGUCAGAGUUCACUGACUUUACCCACGACAAGGAGUACAAUGACAACCUGACUUUCUACUUAGUGCUGGCUUUGGCUGUAGUGUCCUUCCUCUUCAUCACGUGUUUGGUGGUUAUUAUCUCAGUGAAAAUCUACAGGUGGAGACAGUCUCGGGUCAUGUAUCACUCCAAUCUGCCUGUGAUUCCAUAUUAUCCACCACGUUACUCAGACACUAUGGCCACAGGGACUCUGCCACACGUGUACAAUUACGAGGUGUGUAGGACGACUGACUCCAGAAGGAGUGACUGUAAGUUCGGCAUAGCUGGUAGUCAGAACGUGCUGAUAAUGGACCCCAGCUCUACAGGGACGAUGCAGCGAAUACAGAGUGAGAAGAGCAUCCUGGAUGAACCAGACUCUCCUCUGGAGGUGAGGUGAAAUUGCAAUGUCUUUACUUUUCUAACUCGUGUGUUUGAGAACUGCAGUGAGUCUUUAAUACCUUUUGCUCUGGGUUUGAA